AUUCACUUCAACAAUUUGAAUAAUUUGAAUAAUCAAAAUAAUCUAAAUUUAAACAAUAACUUGGCUUUUAAUAUAAACCAAAAUAAUCUACAAAAUAAUUUACCAAAUAAUUUACCUAUUAAUAACCUCAGUAAUACUAAUUUAAAUCAAUUAAAACAAAAUAACCAAUACCAAAAUCAAUUUAUUGCAAUGAAUAAUAACAACAUAAAUAAUAUGCCCAAUAAUAUGCCCCCUAACAUAAGCAAUAUGAAUAAUAUGAAUAACAUUAAUAAUAUUAAUAAUAAUCCUAUUAACAAUAACUCAAAUCCUAUUUUAAAUAACAUAAACAAUAAUAUUAAUAACAGUCCAACGAAUAUCAAUAAUAAUAAUAAUAAUAAUAAUAAUAAUAAUAAUAAUAAUAAUAAUAAUAAUAAUAAUAUCAGUAUCAAUACCAAUAUCAACAAUAAUAACAAUAUAAAUCAAAACAUAAAUAUGAAUAAUAAUAACGUCAACACAAUCAAUAAUACAAAUACUCCUACACCUACACCUACAAAUCCAAAUAAUAUUACAAACAACAAUAAUACCAAUGUUAAUAAUUCUAUCAAUCCCAAUACUAAUAUCAAUCCCAAUACUAAUAUUAAUAUCAAUGCUAAUGCUAAUGCUAACGCUAAUGCAAAUGGUAACAAUAACAAUAACAAUAACAAUAACAAUAGCAAUAGCAAUAGCAAUAACAAUAACAUUCCAAAUACUCCUGUAAUAAACAAUACCUCUAACCCCUCAAAUUCAUCCACACCUGUCAUAAAUAAUGCUCUGAAUUUUAAUUUGGCAAAAUUCACUGAAUAUCAAAAAGAGAGAAUCAGAUUAAUCCUUGAGAUUAACACUCUAUUGAUCUAUAGAGCUGAAAUUUUUUUAAUUCAUAAAACAAACCCAGAAGCUGCCAAGUCAACCAAUUUAGAAAAAUUACCUCCAAAUAUUAAUCUUGAUGAAACUUUGCCUCAUUAUAUUAGAAGAAUUCAUUCCAAUUUAAAUACAAUCAACGAAAUAUCCGAUCUAAUUAAAAAAAAUGAUUUCAAUAAAAUUAUCAUUCCACAAAUGUUACUACCUCCUCCAAUUCCUUCAAAUGAUUUGCUCCAAAAAUAUUACAUCUUCCAAAAAUUGUUUCCUGAAGCAAUGGAAUCAUUAAAGAAACACAUUUUCUUAUUACAACAACAAAAACAACAACAACAAUUAAUCAAGAAUCAAAAUAAUUUAUCAAAUAUUUCAACUCCAGCGCCAAAUUCAGUUCAAUCAACUCCUUUAAUUGAAAAUCAAUCUAUUGCUUCAAAUCCUAACCAGAUUUUAUCUCCAUUAUCAAAUACAAAUAUAAAUAACAAUAACAAUAUUACUAAUAAUAAUAAUAAUAAUAAUAACACUAUCAUCAACAAUCAAAAUGCUAAUUCUAAUAACGUUAACAAUAACACUUUCACAACUCCUCAACUACUUCUGCAACAUCAUCAACAAUUUUUGAACCAUCAAAAAUUUCCAAACGUUCUACAAAAUGGUUUGAAUCCACAAUUAUUGAAUAGAGGUGGUGCUCAAAUGAAAUUAGCACAAAAUCAGAACCAGAAUCAAAAUCAAAAUCAAAAUCAAAAUCAAAAUCAAAAUCAAAAUCAAAAUCAAAAUCAACAGAAUCAGCAGAAUCAAUCUCAGAUGAUUAACUCAAAUCUAAUCAAUCCAAAUAUUAAUCAAUCAAAUGCUACUAAUAACAAUAAUCAGCAAAUAAUUGGUCAGAUAUCAAAUAAUCUUAAUUUUUUUUAGAAAUAUAAAC